AUGACUCAGGUUGAUACAUUGAGUGCACAGGCUGCCAGCAACUAUGUGCUGUCACCUGAUGCUGAGGUAUUCAUUCCACAACAAUAUAAGGCUGCUGCAGCUCCUGUGCUGAUCCCUAAAGAUGCCCCCAUCAUACCUCAGCCAUUUUCUACACUGGCCGAUGGUGGCUCCAAGCAUCCAAACAGGAUGGGCAGUAACUACACAGCACCACCAAUACACACAGAUGCAUGUGCAGUAUUACCAAAUGGGGAUAUUGGUGGCUGGCAGGUACCUGGACGUGUAAUAGGAGGCAAAAAUUACUCUGGUAAAGGCAGUAACCGUGGUGGCAAGUUUAAUGGCUCUCGCCGCCCAGUACGUCGACAAAUGGAAGAACCUCUCUAUAGCGUUCCAAUCCCAGCGCCCCACCCAACCAUGCUGUACAACCGUCUGAAUUAUCCAGCAGCUGCCCUUGCUGCAGAAGGCUCCAACUAUGUUUAUGUGCAGUAUUCAGCAGCUGCACCUCCUGGUUAUAAUUUCAACCCUCCUCCCCCUCCUCCACCUCCACCACCAUUGCCACCAACACAGGCUCCAAUCCAUGGAGCCCCACCAAGAGCUCACCCUGCCGUUUCCACUGCACCAGCUGCUCCUUAUGGGCUGGAUCCCACUCUCAUGUCAACUGGAUAUCUUCCUGCAGCGCCUACCAAUGUCUACGCAGCCAAUACUCAAAACUAUGAGGAGUGGCCAGAGAUGAAACAGACAAAACCACAAACUGUUUACAAUCAUAAAACCCCAUCUACUAAUAAGGUGAAUAUUGGAAUACAGAAAGAACUAUCCAGAUCUGGAGCCAAUAACAAUGUUAAAAGUGGAAUCCAACACAAAGCUGUCUAUGAAGUAGCUGUUCAAACAGAUUUUUCUGAGGAAGUUGCUAACUUGACCCUUUCUGAAAAGCCAAGUUCUUUGUUUGGAAGCAAGAAGCGAAUCCGUAAUCAUUCUAAUCAGUGGAUUACCAACUUGACUGAUUCUGAAGAAAAAGAUUCUGACAGUGGCUAUAGUAGUCCUCUUCAUCGGCGUAACUUAGUAUCAAAUGGCACUCAUGCAGCCCCUGAUAGGCUGGUUUCUUGUGCUGAGCCUGCUGUGCCUUUGGCCCAGCCUGUUGGAUUCAGCUAUGCAGCCAUUGCUCAGAGACCAACCAAAACAGUCCACAGGUUUACCCCAACCCCAGCUGUUUCUUCAAAUAAGGUACCAGUGCAAGAACUGGCAACUUCUGAGAGCAAGAAUCUUGAUCCAAAACCUGGAGAAGAGAAUGGAAAGAAGAAACGAAAGCGUAAUAGACGCAAGAAGAAGAAAGAUGGAGAUUCUAAUAAAGGAGGCAAUCUUUCGAGUCCAGGUCAAACCCAGGGUUCAAGUUUAUCCAAUUCUGUAUCAAUGGAUGAUAUGGUUCUCUACUAUGAAGAUGAAGAAGAGUUUCCUGAAUUAUCAUCAACCAUCGUCGUAAAGGAACAAAUAGCCCCCAGAAUGAAAUACUGUGAUAUGUUGAAAAAUAACUCUGUGAUAUACCAAACACCUUCACAAGAAGAGGGAGAUCUUGAAGAGAGUGGAGCAAGUAGCAAAAAGGAUGGUCGUAUAACUCGGCGCUGGCAGAAAAGACAGGAAAUAGCCAAUCGUGCAGCAGAAGAAGAACUUGCUGAAAUUACCCUUGAACAACAGAUGCUGAUGCAACGGAACAUCCCAAUGAAGAAAUCUACAUCUGCAAGUGCUGCAGUAGCAGCAACAACUUCAACAUCUUCGUCAGUAAAGCCUCCUCUUAACACUGGAGCUACACCUGGCCUUCUAACUGUUAAUCCCAGCAAACCACCAGCUCCUGUUACGCCAGGAAAAAAGUCCAAGCAACCAUUUGCUCUUGACAUAAGAGCUAUGAUAGAUGCUCUUGAGAAACGCCAAGAAGAUACCACAAAAAAGGAAAUCCUCAAGGAAAAAUUUUCCAGUAGGCCUCUUUCUGGUAAUACCUUGGACUCCAAUGCUCCAUUGAGACGUGGGAAAGAGCGAGAAACACCUAAAACGAAGAAACCAAGCCCUUUAAAGAAAGUGAUUCUUAAAGAACGAGAAGAGAAGAAACGUCUUCGUUUAUUGGAAGUUGACCCCACUGGAAGUGCUCUUGACAAUGACCUUGCCUCUCCAAGUGUUCCUGUUGGUCUUGGAGUUGUCAAUGCAGAAAGUGAUUUAUCACAAGAUGCUGCCAGUGUUAAAGGAGAGCAUGGAGGUGCAAUGACACCGGCCAGUGCUGAUCUGUCCCCUGUCAGCCAGACAUCUCCCAUCAGCAUCAGCCCUCUGAGUUCAGGUGUAAACAGCCCCAUUACAGGAGCCACAGAGAAAGAUGUCAACCCAGCUAUUCUAAAAAUCCACAGUAGAAGAUUUCGAGAGUACUGUAACCAGAUUUUGGACAAGGACAUAGACACUUGUUGUACUACUCUUCUGAGGGACCUUGCAAAAAUGCGACGUCGAAUUGUUUUGGGUUUGCGUGAAGUCACAAAACACCUAAAGCUGAAGAAACUAAAAUGUGUCAUUAUUUCUCCUAACUUGGAAAAAAUUCAGUCAAAAGGUGGUCUGGAUGAUGCCUUGAAUAACAUUCUUAAUCUGUGCACUGAUCAGAAUGUUCCUUUUGUAUUUGCCUUGGGCCGUCGAGCCUUGGGGCGUGCUUGUGCCAAACUUGUCCCUGUCAGUGUUGUUGGAAUUUUUAAUUAUGAAGGAUCAGAGGAAAAUUUCCGGAAGCUGAUGGAACUAACAGAGAAAGCUCGUCAGUCAUAUGUGGAAAUGGUAGCCAUGAUUGAAAAGGAUAUCCAAGAAAACAUCCCACAGAUCUAUUCUAACACAGCCCAGAUCUUUGCUCACAUGGGCCAUUCACGAACACCAUCUGGCUGCAGUGGCAUCUCUUUUGCCAGUAGCAUUCUGUCUGAGCCCAUUUCGGAGAAUUACCCUCAAUCAGAGCCUGAAACUGACAGUCGGGGCAAUGAAAUUGCCAAGAGAGAAAUUGCAGGACGUGAGUCUGAGAUGAAGAUCUCUCCACUUUGUCUAAAUAACACGUGCGUCUCCUCCAUGAUGGGAGAUAUUGAUGAUGGAAAUGAGGCUGACACAGAAGACUGUAAUGACCCAGCCACCAGUGUUCAAGCCAACAGCAUCAAUAAUGUCAAUCUUGAAUCUUUGUCUUCUGCUGAUGUUGACAGAGAGGACAGUGCUGAUGAAGAGGAUGACAUCGGCUCUGGGAACAACUCCAUGUUCCAAGAAGCUCUGGGUGAGCUCCCGCACAUUGACUCUAUCCACUCAGCCACAUAUGAGCUAAACACUGAGAUCUUGUCCCAGCAUUCAGUGCGCACAAUUGGAGACACCAGUGAAGUAAUGUCAACCCACUCAUCCAAGACAAUUGGUGAAGGUAGCUCUACCAUUGUCACUGAUACCUAUUCUGAGCAAGGCCAGCUUGACAAGACGGCUAACUGUGCGGAGAGCUCCAUUAAUUUGACCAGAGUGAAAACCGUGGAGAAAGACAAACUGAUUCAAGACUGGGUGAAAGCGUCUCAGACAUGUAUUGAUGAAGAUGGGGACAGCAGUGAGCAGGAGACAGCAAAAGAGGAAGAUAGCUGUGGCAGCAGCUGUGAUAGCAACAAAGAUUUAGUUGUUUUCCCAGUUCUCUCCUCGUCACCUGUGGCCAUGGCUUUAGCAACAGGUGUUAAAACAGUAUCUCCUCUUCAAGGCAAUAUUUUAGAAUGUAACGUCAAUUCUAUUGGCAAUGUUCUACAGUCUGCAGCCUCAACUACCACAAACACAAUAACUGUUUCAUCCACUACUUCUUCCCCUACUGCCACUGCUGUUUCAUUUGAACUAUCAUCUUAG